AUGGUGCAGCAUCAUCUCUCCCUGGCACCGGAGAAGACGGAGCUGCUGAUGGUGUCGAGCAAGCGCAGCGGGUAUAAAAACAUUCCGGUGAACAUCUGUGGAGUGGAAGUGCGCUCGAAGCGGUCGAUCCGCUACUUGGGGGUCAUGCUACACGACCACCUGUCGUGGCGCCCACACGUUGAGAUGGUCGCGGACAAGGCCCUCCGUGUGGUGCGAGCAUUGCGCGGUAUCAUGCGCAACCACAGCGGCCCCCAACGCCCCCUGGCCCAGGGCAUCACGAGCGCCUUCCACUCCACGAGCUGCGAGGUAGCGGUGGUUUUAGCCGGAGAACUGCCCUACCACCUCCUGGUGAAGGAAGACGCCCGCUGCUACAACCGACUGCAGUUAAGCCCGGACAGCAGUCGAGAGGCGAUUCGCCAGGAGGAAAAGGAGUCAUCGCAGCAGCUGUGGCAGCAACAGUGGGACGACGAGGCGGCGCAUAACACCAGCCGCUAUUUACGUUGGGCCCACCGACAAGUGCCAGACGUGCGCCUGUGGACGGGACGGAAGCACGGGGAGGUAGACUUCUACCUCUCGCAGGUAUUGAGUGGACACGCCUUCGUCCACGAAUUCCUGCACGUGUUCGGGUUCGCUCCGUCCCCGGACUGUCCCAGGUGCGCAGGGUCGGUCGAGUCGGUGGCCCACGUACUCUUCGAGUGUCCCCGCUUCGCGGAUGUUCGGGCAGAACUGUUGAACGGCGUCGACGAGGACAACCUCGGUAGUCGUCUGCUGGAGAGCGCGGAGUCGUGGGACCGCAUCCAGCAAGCGGCUCGGCGGAUCCUCUCCGUGCUGCAGGAGGACUGGCGGCAGGAGCAGCUUACCUUGGCAGUCGCUGAGGCUGCUCAGCCAGAUCCAGCAGCCAGCCCGCCCGAGGACAUGGCGGAGGCAGAGCGGAGACUGCUGAGGCGACGAGAGGUGCGCAACCGCAGCGCCCGGCGAAUGCGGCAGCGGCGUCGACAGGAGCGGCUCGGCGAGAACGAGGUCGUCCCGGCAAUCAUGGCACGCGCAGCGGCCUCCGACGCAGCGGCGAAUGACGCAGUGGAGCCGACAGGGGAGGUCGAGGAGGAGGAGGCCAGCCCUCCAGCGCCAACAAUCCCCCCGCGCAGCCGGGGAUUGCCUCCCUCCCCACGCACAUUGGAGAUGCGGCGUCUUCGGCGCAACUUCAUGCAGCUCCAGUACCGGAGAAGGCGUCGGGCCGGAGAGCUGGGAGACGUCCCACAGGGUCGACAGAGGCGUAGGCGAAUUCCACCAUCCGCAGCGGAGCUGGAGCGGAGGCGGCUCAACCGGCGACAGAGGGGGCGACUACGGCGGCAGGAGCAACGGCAAGCGGAGGUCGAGGCUCAGCCUCCCCCGUGGGACGAGCUACCGAGCUCUCAGUUGGCCGAAAGGAGAGCGGGCCUAACGGAGGACGAGCGUGCUGCCGUCACAUCGGCGAACACUUCGGCACGCUGA